CAAUACGGUACAAUCUUUCAGCAAUUCUGAUGUAAACAACACGAUUCAGAAGAUUUCUCUGUGAAAAAUGGCGCCGAAUGACAGUGUUUUACCCGACGUGGCCACGAAAGCGACAAGUCUACGUGUAUUCGGCUACGGGUCUCUCCUAUGGAAGCCGAGUUUUGAGUAUUCAUCGAGAGAAAUCGGACAUAUCAAGGGUUAUGUACGGAGAUUUUGGCAAGGCAACACAACACAUAGAGGUGUUCCUGGAAAGCCCGGAAGAGUUGCAACGCUAGUGAAACACACCAAGGGUGUGACUUGGGGAAUUGCCUUUCUUCUCCACGGAGAGCACCAGAUCCAAGCCGCUCUUCGCCACCUGACCACCCGGGAAUGUCGGCUCGGUGGAUACGCCAUCAACAACAACACCACGUUCUACACACGGAACGGUUGCGAACACACCGUCAUGGUGUUCACUGCAACUUCAGAGUGUGAACACUACAUGGGCCCGGCAGCACCCGAGACCAUCGCCAGUCAGAUAGUAAACUCUAGAGGAAUGAGUGGCCAUAACUUGGAGUAUUUGUUCCGUCUUGCAGACAUUGUGAGGGAGUUGAUACCCGAAGAUAAUGAUGAACACUUGUUUGAUUUGGAGGAAAAGGCGAAGAGGAUACUGCGAAAUCUCCAGGGUAGAACAAUGUCGCAGGAGAUGUGUUUGGAUUCUGUGGUGGAAAACGUAGAUGACAAUAACAAUUACAAUGCAUGGACAUCUGAUAAACGGACAAUAGAAGGAACAGUGAGCAAAGCGUGAAGAGACAAACAGACUCCAGUAAAACGAGGCUAAAUUCCAUAUUUUGUGGAGUUAUUUAUGUUAGGACAGAACACUUCAUGUGUAUUACAUUACAUUAUAACUUUAAUGGUACUAACUGUUCAGUGUCAACUUUAAAAGUUCCUAAAGCUAUUCCAAUCAUUGUGAACCAGGGCCUAAUUUCAUAGAGCUCCUGAAGCACAACUUUCUGCUAAGCAGAAAUGAGCAUGAUACCAGUAACACAUUUUACCUGUUACGUGGUAGUUUGGCUGGUAACCUUAUUCUGGUAAGCGCAAUGUUGGCAUGCUUAGCUACUUUUUCUGCUUAAGCGGUUCUAUGAAUUUGGGGCCAUGUCAUUACAGUGUAUUUACAGACUUGUUAAUGUAAUUUGAAAUGCUCGUUGUUUGUUUUUAUGGAGUCUUCCAAUCAUACGACCUUGAAAUGAAGAGGCACCUCACGAGGUGGGAGGAAAUGAGAAGUGGGCAAGACUUCUUCUUCUAGAAGAUACUGUCAUAGUUUUCGCAUCAAGCUAUAUAUACCCACCUUUGUAAAUAAAUGUCAAUAUAAUGUAAAAUGUGUAAAUGCAUGCAGAUAUAUAUCAUGAAUAUUUAUAAUUUUUUUUUUUAUUGUUGAUCAUCUUUCCAAAGACUAUUUAUGUAUGUACUAUAUACAACUUGCCACAAGCUCAUAUGCACUUACAAGCCGUCCUUAAAUGCUAACGUUUUAAUUUCGCUAAAUUCAAGCCUCUAAACUGAAGUAUUGUUCAAGAUAAGAUUUUAAGAAUAAAUUAUAAAGUGACGAUUGGGAAAUUCCACGGAUAUAAGGUUACAUUCAACCACACAUGAUUCAGAAAUCAUGUUUUUUAGGAUUUUCAUAGCUUGAUUAGCUUUUGAUGACACAAAUUUUCACAUACCAUAGUAGGGGCGGGGGGGGGGGGGCUACCAAGUCAAAUGUUCAGUAAAAGAAACCAAAAUUCAAUAAUUGUUUGAACCAUGGAAUAACCCAUCUGAUUAAACUGCCCUAGUUAGAGAUCUUUUUCGAUACUGUGCACUAAUGUUUUGUUUGGACUGUUUUAAUUCCUUCGUCGGAUUCAGAAUGAUUGAGUUUGGGAAUCAAAGUUGAUGUUACCAUGCUUAUGACUUAAAUGGGUUUCUCGCAAAAAAAAAAAAAAAAACCCGGAAGGGUUGGAAUGGGCUUGCAUGAAGAUAACACAUUUUAAGACCCAAAGAUGUGCCAAAUACUGCCAAAAGUGUUGCUUUAAAUCGUAUAUAUACCAUUGAACAUUAUUGUAUUAUAUAUCAAAUAAAUCAGGUUUUUCCUUCUUCAUUUUCAGGUCUAGUUUUUUGAACAUUUUAUCGGUGAUAGUUUUAAUUGUUUGUCAACGUAUUCAAUUGUCUUAAAGAGCAUGUGGUUUUAUCCUGUAGCUAUAAAUAAAAUUAUAUUUUUCAAAGAUUUGCUGUGUUUAUUUUUUUACAAAUUCCC